AUUAUCCAAAAUGUCUUACUACUACCCUUGCAUCUUGGUAGAUGACUCCCAGAGCAGUGGAGUCAAGCCUAUUAUAUUUAAAGAUGUCGAGGAAAAUCUAUGCACUAGCAGCAGCUGAAAAGAGUCUUCAAAGAACUUCCUUGGGAAGAAAUAUGAGAACAUUCAGCUUAGGGAUGAUUCAAUGCCUGAUAAAAAUCUGCCAAAAGGGUCCUUGUGGGUGACUACCCAUAGGUUCAUCUUCCAGGUAGAUAAUACAACCACAGCUGAUUAUCUCUAUGAGUUUCCAUUAGAGAUCUUUGUUAAAGAGUCAUAUGUUGGAGGAAUGUUCCAAUCAGGCUACAGAGUAAAAAUUAAAAGAAAUGAUUCUACUAAUCCCGAUAUUUAUGAUUCUAAUGCUCUCGAAGGAAUGAUCCAGACCAUCUCUCAGCAAAAGGCUGAGGAAUUCAAGAUAGAUCCCAGCCAGGUCGCAGACCAAUACAGAAAUGUAAUGGCUGCAAGAAAAUUCCCAAGCAAGAUCACCUUCUUAUGCCCGUCAAAAGCUGUUCGGAAUGAUUUGAAGAAGGAUAUUGACUAUGCUGUUUCUAAAGAAAUGUGGACAAAAGUUAAAUUCAACAUUGAGCAGCACAUCAGGAAAAAUGAUAUAGGAAUUGGUAAUAUCAUGGGCCGUCAGAGAGAGAAAGAUUCAGUAAUGUCAAGUAAAAUUGCAAUGACUUCCAGUGAUAUUAACCAGCUCUCAGGAGCUGCUCAGGACCUCAUAACCAUUGCAGAUGAGAUCAAGAAGAAAUUAUCCAGAUAUAAGGAUUCCUUCUCAGAUUAUAAAGAGAAUACUGAUAUUAUGGACAUGAUUUUUAAUCUCGGAAUGAACAAUGAUGACGAUGAUCUCUUUAUCCAAAAGAGUAGCUCUAGUUUAUCCAAGAAGGACUUUAAGAAUAAAAUCUGUCAGGAUCUGGUCGCAUUUUUGGACAACAACAUAAACUCUUACGGAGGAUGGAUCCCAUGUGCUGAACUCUACUGCAAGUUUAACAGAAUGCUCGGCAUGGACCUAAUCUCCCCUGAAAAUUUCAUUAAAGCAUGCAUUGGAAUUGAAAAAGUAGAAAGUGAUGAUGGUUCAUAUUAUAUAUACUGCAAGGAUUUUAAAGCGAAAAAUGGUAAAAUAGUAGCCAUGAUCACUCAUCCUGAUUUCUCUAUCAAUAAGAAGGCAAAGGAAUUGGAAAAAUUCACUAAGAAAGGAGAUGGAAAGACAGUGAAUGAUAUCAUUAAGGCGCUAGAUCUGAGCUAUAUAAUAGUGGAUCAAGUUAUAGAGAGAGCACUUGAAGACGGAAGAAUAGCAGUAGAUGAACAAGAUCCAGCAGGAAAGAGAUACUACUACAACAAGAUUGGAGGAGGUAAAAGCUCACGUAGAGGCUCUGAGGAUGGCACUGAUGGAUAUAACAUUGAAGAUAUAACGAUCUAG